AUGGCAGAAAAUUCUAACAAUCCAUAUGAUAUUAAUGGACAACAUUUCAAUCCUGAUAUGUAUUUCCAAAAAUUAUUAAAAGAAUGUACAUUAAAACAAAUUAUGGAUCAUGAAACAGAAAUUAUAAAAAAUACUCAAAUUUUACAUUCUGAUAUGCAAACUUUAGUGUAUGAAAAUUAUAAUAAAUUUAUAUCUGCUACAGAUACUAUUAGGAAGAUGAAAACAGAUUUUAAAGAAAUGGAAGACAAUAUGGAUUCACUAGCAAAAAAUAUGGACAGUAUUACUACUUUUUCAGAACAAAUUUCAUCAACAUUACAGGGUACUAGACAGCAAAUUGCCAAAUUAUCUUCAGUUCAUGCCCUGUUAAGAAAGUUGCAAUUCCUCUUUAAAUUACCUGGGAAUUUAAAAGAUAAAAUGAAUGAAGAAAGUUAUGCUCAGGCAGUACAAGAUUAUAUUCAUGCGCAACGUGUAUUGAAUCAAUAUGGUAAUAUGCCAUCCUUUCAAGGAAUACAAAAAGACUGUGAGGAUAUUGUAGAAGAACUUAAGUCAAGACUGAGAAUGCAAUUUCAUAAAAGAGAUGCAUCAACUAAAUCUUUAGCAGAAAAUGUAGAUCUUUUGUUACAGCUAAAAGAACCAGCUGAUUCUUUGUGUGCUGAAUUUUUAACACAUGCAGAUGGAAGAUUAACUGAACAGCUAAAUAUUCUACAGGAUAUGUUUGAAAAUGAUAUCAUAGAAUUUAUAGAUAUGGCUAGUUCAGGCUUUCUUAGUGACUUAUGUUUAAUUGUUGCUUCAUACAAUGAUAUGUUCAUAAAUCGGCCACCAUCCGAAGAUAACGAAUUCACCGAUGAUUUUGAUACAAAAGCUAUUGCUCGUUUGAAUAGUUUCAUAAUGAAGAACAUGAAAAAAUAUUUUGACCUAAUUGGAAAGAGAGUUGAAACUGUAACUGAUACAGCUAUUUUAGUGAGAGCACUAGAUAAAUUCCACAGAAGACUGCAAGCUAUGAACAUGUUAUGUAAAGAAACAGACUUUGCAAAAACAGGUACCAAUAUCGUUAUUAAUGCGGGUAGGAAACAAUGUCGUAAUCAUUUGGACAAUUUAAAAGGUCACUUAAACGAAACUCUUGUCAAAGUGAAACAAAUAUUGACAAAUAAAGUUUCUCAAGAAGGAGAUAAUAAUUUGGCAGAACUUCAGAUAUUACUUAUAAUGCCUAUCAUCGAAAAAAUUAAAGGAGUUUUACAAGAUUUACUGGUCUUUUUACAACCAGAUUUGUCAUUCAGUUUGAAAACACAAUUCCUCAAAAAUUUUUGCGUGGAUGAAGUUAGGGAGGGAUUAGUAGUUGGAUUUCUACAUAAUUUAAUAGUCACUGCAAGUGGAUUUUGUGCUGGAUCUGACAUUCAAAAAUUUCCACCCACCCUCCUACUCUUAUUGAGUAAGAUGUGUAUAGAGUACAAAGAAAAUAAUGUGAAAUAUUUGCUUACUACUACCGAUAAUUUGUUCAAUAUUGAACAAUACGCGUCAUCUGGAAACGUCGUUACAAUCGAAACAGAGCUAUGCGAUAAGUUCCAAGAAGCGGCGCAAAAUUUAUUAAAUCAUUACGUUCGUAUUCAAGGUUUGGCAGUGUCGCAAAUGUUAAGAAAAUCCGUCGAAACGAGGGAUUGGUUACAUACGAUCGAACCAAGAACAGUUAGAGCUGUAAUGAAGAGAGUCGUAGAAGAUGUAACAUUAAUCGAUACUCAAGUCGCUGCAUUAUACGACGAUUCCGAUGGUCAAGUUGAUAGAAGUAGCGAUAGCAGUAGGAAAACGCAUAGCGUAAGUGUGUCGAGGCAUCACUAUAAAUCAAGCUGGUCAUCGUACACGUCCAAUCAUAUAGAUUCGUCAUUGGUGACGAAUAUCCAUAAGUUAUUCUCAGAACGCAUUGAAAUUUUCUCAUCAGUUCAGUUUAACAAAGCUUCCAUCCUUACGGGGAUCAUCAAAAUAAGUAUAAAGACUUUUCUAGAGUGUGUAAGAUUACGAACAUUCAGUAAAUAUGGACUGCAACAAAUUCAAGUGGACACACAUUAUUUGCAGCUAUAUUUAUGGAGAUUCGUUUCGGAUGAAAACGUCGUCCAUUCUUUACUAGACGAAAUACUUGGAAGCGCUGUACACAGAUGUUUGGAACCAGUCUUAAUGGAACCAAGUGUAGUCGAUAUUAUUUGUGAAAGAGGAUGA